GCAGCACCAGCAAGAGGUGGCCAUCACGCAAAAAGACGUCAAACGCCCGCAGUAGAGAGCAGAGCAGAAGCACAAUAAAUUGUUUUGACACUUAUCUACUCCUACUCCAGGAUUCCAGAUAUUUUUCGCCGACUAAUAAACAUUCAACAUUGCUAACUUAAGCCAAGUGCUGCACCGAUUCAGGAUGAGGGAGAUCUCGAAUAUAUCACAGUUUCCUUUAAAGGCUAUUUUUGCUAUACACUUUAUACUUGUCACCUGGGCUAUAGAAGGAUGGUCCUCAAGUUCAAUGAUAUUUUAUAACACACUAUUUUUUAUCUGCAUAUUCUGGGCAAUUCACAGUGCAGAAUCAGAUGAGCCAAUUCAAUUUGCAUUGUUCAUCAGUAUAGCAGCAGAGUUCUUUGAUUUCAUAAAUCUAUCAGUCAGUUCUCCCUUUAGCGGCAGUUCAUUCACAAAGUUUAGCGCCAGCAUGGUGAUAAUAAACAUGAUUGUACGAAUAUUGACAAUUAUGUACUUAAUUAAAAUUGGACAAUCUAGAGGUGGGAGCCUUUCUACAAUGUUUGCAAGCCCUGCGAUGGGCCUUGGCCGACAAGAGUAUGAGGAUAUUUCUCAUCCAGUUCCGCAGAACUCUGAUUUCGCCAGCAUUUAAAUGAUUGUUUGAUCACUACCUACAGAGUCUGAUGUUGUAAUUGUAACUUUGCAGUUACCGUAAUGACAUAUUGACAAAAGUUUUGCAAUAAUUUUUAUUUAAUAUUUAACAAACAUGACACCUACUUUUUUAACUUUAAAUUUUAAUAAAACCUUUUUAUAUUGUAAUGUAAGCAAAUACUUGAGACUAUAGAAAAUUAGGAUGAAAGACUUUUUAUAUACUAUUUUUAAAAAUGUUGAUCAAAUUUUAUAUUUGCACUAGUUUUCUUGAAAUGGAACUCCUUAACAAUAUAGCAAAGUUUUUAAUACAGCUUACUGCACGUAUUGUAUAUGAAUCAUAAAAAUGUGGCAUGCAAGUCUUUAUGAAUUACAUUUUUUAUUAUUUACAUCAAAGAAUUUGCCAUGAUAAAAUUGUUAGUCAUUAUAGUGUGUUCUUAGUCAUGUUCGUUAUUAUGAAUGUAUACUGUUAGUUUAUCUAGCUUGUCAUUCUGAUUGUGAAAAAUAACGCAAUACAUUUAUACAACUCUUAAUAUAUUGUCAUAACAUACGCAGUUCAAAGAUUUUGAUCCUUGGAGUGAAGCGAAUGAUUGAAACGUUUUCUACAGUUUUCAAGCAAGGCCUUAAAUUAGUACAUAGGUAUCAGAAAGUAUGCUUAUCAAUAUAAAGUAUGUUUAGCGUACUAGACGUCUUUCCAUCUUUUCCUUUUAAAAAAAUUCACAGAUAGCCUAGAAACGUUUAAUCACAAAAGAAUUGAAAUGCCAGUAAACUUAUUUAAAAAAUACUAAACGUACUUUAAUUAUGUCUAGCGCAACGCAUUCGCAAAUAUUUUAUACUUUUCUAAAAUUAUAAAAAAGAUUUUUUACACAUUUUGCAAUUAUUGUAAAUAAUCAAUAUCCGCUCGAAGAAUGUACGUACAUUCACGUGUAAUAUUCAACGAAUAUACACUUGCUGUGUUUUACUCUCGAUUUCGACUAACUUUACUGGAUCUCGACAAAAGUCUCGUGUUAUACACAUAUACCAAUACUAUCGUAGUUUUGUUUAACAGCUUCCAAGUAAAUAAAGCGGCAAAUUGUUACCGAAUAAAACAAUAAAUUUUAAUAAAGAGAAAUUUGUUGUGUACUAACGUAA